AUGGAUCUCACAACCAUGGAAAACUCUUUUCAAUUCCAGCUGCUAGGCGAGUUGACUAACGACGCUAGUCUUUCCGUCUCUGAUGUAUUGGCGAGAUUCAUUAAAUAUGAGUUAGAGAAGACGACAUUUUAUACUGACGAAGACCAUCUCUGGGCUUGGGAAACUUGUUAUUGUCUCUUGCAGGUAGCCAAGCGGACAUCGUCGACAGAGAAGCUUGACAAGCUUGUCGCGUUUGUUGUGGAGCUGCAAAAAGUCAAAGCCUAUAAUCCCACCACAGGAAAGCAAGCCAAGAAUUCGGAAUGGUACAUCUGGAGCGACCUGCCCCAGUUUGCAUGGGCUGGUGGUGAUGAACUCGAGUUUGGUAAGUAUCUACUAUGA